CUGAGGGUGCAGCCACACUAUCCUAAAAACGGCGUAUCUUAGGAUAGUGUGGCUGCCACCAUAGGUUGCCACCCUGAUAUUAACUAAAAAAAAUAAUAAACACCACCAUUGACACCACUUAUGAUUAUAGGUUAAUGGAUUUGAUUAUUUUUAUCAAACAUAAACAUACUAAUUUUAAAUAAGAGUCUCCAUUAAUUAGAAUACGAAUAUAGUAAAGCGCUAUAGGCUAUAUUCCUCCAUCCAGAGUUAUACUAAAAUAUGUUUUUAAAACCUUAUAAAAUGCUGGCUUACUCUAAGCGAAGUUUUUGUAAGCUCAAUGUAAAAUCCCUAACAUCUCAAGCAAGUGCUAGACACAAACAAACGCAUUUUGGAUUUGAAGUAGUAGAGGAAGAUCAAAAACAAGAGAAAGUUCAUAAAGUUUUUGAAAAUGUUGCACAAGACUAUGAUGUAAUGAAUGAUGUUAUGUCCCUUGGAGUACAUAGGUUUUGGAAGGACUAUUUUAUUUCAAAAUUAAGUCCAACUAAUAACACCAAAUUAUUGGAUGUAGCAGGAGGAACAGGAGAUAUAGCUUUUAGAUUUAUUAAUUAUGUACAGAAUUACAAAUUAGACAAUUGCCAUGUUACUGUAACAGAUAUUAAUAGUCACAUGCUAAAUGUGGGACAGAUCAGAAGUAAAGCAUUACAUCAUAAUUCUGAUCUAAUUGAUUGGAAGGAAGGUAAUGCUGAACACCUACCGUUUGAAGAUAAUACAUUUAAUGCCUAUACUAUUGCUUUUGGGAUUCGUAAUUGUACACAUAUUGAUAAAGUUUUAAACGAAGCAUAUAGGGUAUUACAGCCAGGUGGUAGGUUUUUAUGUUUGGAAUUUAGUCAUUUAGAAAAUUCAGCAGCACAAUGGAUGUAUGAUCAAUAUAGCUUUCAAGUUAUACCAAUAUUAGGCCAGCUUGUAGCACAACAAUGGAAGCCCUACCAAUAUUUAGUUGAAAGUAUUCGACAAUUUCCACGUCAGGAUAUAUUUAAAAAUAUGGUUGAAGAAGCUGGUUUUCGACAAGUGGUAUAUGAAAAUCUUACAUUUGGAGUUGUAGCUAUACACUCAGGUUUUAAGUUGUAAAUAUUAUUUUUUAAUAAAAUAUUUAAAGACAAUCCAAGUUAUUUUUAAAUGUUUUGUUAAUUAGAUUAAUUGCAACUGAAUUGAGAAAAAAUUAUGAUAAAAAUUUAAAAUAUUUUUUAAUAAUUUCAAUUAAAUUAGAAA